UGCCUUACACCAGAGCAAGGUUCAAGCCACCGCCUAAUCAGUUGGCCCGACCAUUCGAAGCGUUGGCAAGGUCCACGACGUCAGUCUCAGUAGAGCUUCCUGAAUAUUCAGAGCCUGGACGAGUUCACGCCGAUAAGUCGGGAUUUUGCUUCAGCCUUAGCAUUCACAGCCCGAGCACGCCUCACGGCGUUAGCGGUGGAAUAUAGCUUCAGCGUGAGCAUUCAGAGGCGGCAUGAAUCCGCUGACGCAGAUCAAGAACACGCAGAAGAUCACCGCGCGAGAGACGGCGCGAGGGGUGUCGGACGAGGCGUCGUGGCACGCCAAGUACAAGGAGUCCGCGUACGUCUUCGUGGGCGGCCUUCCGUACGACCUCACCGAGGGCGACCUCCUCGCCGUCUUCGCGCAGUGCGGCGAGGUGGUGGAUGUGAAUCUGGUGCGCGACAAGAGCACCGGCAAGUCCAAGGGCUUCGCAUUCCUGGCGUACGAGGACCAGCGCAGUACCGUCCUCGCUGUCGACAACCUGAACGGCGCCAAGGUGGCGGGCCGCAUAGUGCGGGUGGACCACGUGGCGGACUACAAGCGCAUCGCCAAGGAGGACGAGGAGGAGCGGCAGCAGCGCCGCGAGGAGAACGGCGUGUGCUACGCGUUCCAGCGAGGGGAGUGCUCGCGCGGCGACAACUGCCGCUUCUCCCAUGACGCCCAGAGGAACGCGGACACGGGGUGGGGCGGCAAGGAGGACGUGGUGAGGGGGCCAGGUCGAACUGAGGGCAGCAGCAGGCCGAAUGGCCAGCAGCACGACGAGCAAGGAGACGGUGGGAGGGAGAGAGGUGGUGAUAGGAGGGAGAAGGGGAGGCGAAACGAAAGACAAGCUGAGGGGGGAGAGCGCGAGAGGGAGAAUGGGCGUGAGAGGGAUGCGCGAAGGGAGAGGAAAGAGAGGGCUGAGCAUGGUGAGAGGGAAAGUGCAGUGCAGCGGGGAGGCGGUCUCCGAGGAGCGUCAAUGGAAGGGCGAGCAGAUCGGGCGAGGGGAGAGGAGGCCGGAGGCAGGGGUAGGGAUGCGAGAAGAAAGGAGGGGAGCAGUGAACGGGCUGGAGAGGAGAGGUGUGGGGAGAGGGAGGAGAGGCGUGGAGAGAGGGAGGAGAGGCAUGGGGAGAGGGAGGAGAGGCGAGGUAAGGAUGAGUUGGAGGAGCGGAGAGGGGGAAGGAGCGAGUGGAAGGAGGAGCAACGGGAGGGGCGCAGGGACAGAAGUGACAAGCCCAAGCGGCCAAGAGAAGAGGAUGGCGAGCGCAAGUGGCAUGCGAGGGGAGAUGAUGAUGGCAUGCGGCGGCCAAGGGAAUGACGAUUGUAGUAGGUGAUGGGUGACAAGUGCUGUCAUGUCACUGUACCCUGCACAUGCGGCUGCACCAUGUCUGCAUUGCAGUCAAAUGUGCUACGGACGGUAUAUUCGCACCGCGCUUCAUGCAGUCUUCGCCACAUGACACAAGCUUCCUUGCACAGAAACCUUUGGCCCUUUCACCCCGUUUCGAAGGUUCCAAUUUCAGCAGCAACCACCCAAACCUUGGCGACGACAC